GAACGAGCUGCUCAGUCCUACUUAUCACCGACACAUAGACAGGCUACGAGCCUACGAGAUUACUAAUGGCGGCGUCCGACGAACAGCCUGCCAGGGAGGACCCCUCGAACCCUGAGCUCGACGUCAAGAAGCUCCACGCGCUUCCCACCGAACAGCAAGAUCUUUACCUCCUGACCUUCACGUCCGAUCUUGCACGCCAUGUUGAUUCACUCGACGCCGAUGGUGCUUCGGCGCAUCAGAUAUACAUCAAGAAGGAGCUGUUCCAAGUCAUCAAUCUGGCCUCCCCCACGCCCACGCGAGUAAUCCGAAACAACUUGGGACGAGCGUUCUCUGGCAUAUUUGGCAAGGGCGACCGCAAGCUACUCUUUGAGUCGAUCAACGAGUGUAACAGCAUACUCAAUGGAGCAGGCAAGAAUGAGAAGGAUGCCAGGGCGAAGCACGCAGCGGCGCAUUGCUUGGGCUGCAUAUUCGAGGCUGCAGGAGACAGCGCCCAAAACCUGGCGCCGGUAGCUGUGAUGUCGCUGUUGCGUCUUAUCAAAUUCGCGCAAAACUACACCGGGCUCAGGGCGACCGUCUUCAGGGCAGUGGGCAAGAUAUUCAAGGGCAUUGCUCCUUCGACAGAGGAGAAUGUCGCAAGAGAUGCGUGGAAGCAGGCACGAAAUGCGUGUGCUGGAGAUAAGUCGCUACUGGUGCAGUCAAGCGCGUGCUUCUGCUUGGAACAACUGGUCAAAUACACCUCUCUGUUUGACAACGCAACCGACUUCGACAAGCUACAAACUGCGGUGUGGAAGGCGGUCGACAGCAGCUCAGCUACGCUGCGCCAUGCCGCUGCGUUAGCUAUCUGCGCUGCCCUAGUCAAGAACUAUUCUGAGACUGCAGCCGUUGAGGAGCCCAUCAUGGGCAUCACGCGCGUUGGCACAGGCGCUACGAAGAAGAAGAAUAAGAGGAUGUCUACCAUUGAUACUGGUGACGAUGCCAUGGAACGUCCCGAGUCACCCGCGCCCAAGAAAUCGGCUGCGAAGAUCACGUUCACCAUCUCAGCUAUCCUCAGGCUUCUUUCAACUCAGUAUUGCCGAACCUCUACAAGUCAUCGAGCAAGAGCUGGCAUCGCUGUCUGUUACAUGAAGGUGCUGCGUGGUCUUGGGGAGCAGAUUGUCGAAUCCAAGUACAACGAGAUCGCACGAAGUCUGUUCACCGACAUUCUUAGCAACCAGGUCAUCAUACAGAACCGGUACCGCACGCUCAGUGCUCGCAAGUAUGUGGCAGUCAUUCUGGAGACUGUCAUUGGUCGUGAGAUGCUUGGAGAAUCUGGACAGCUCAACGCUGCGAGAUUCCUCGUCAACGAGAUCCUGAAGGAUUAUCCACAAGCCCUGAAAGAGCGACCGGAGCCAUCAAAACAGACUCUCAUCGGAGCACUUAGCACGCUAUCAGCUCUCUUCGACAGCCUAGGAUCUGCCUCCAACGUCAUUGCCGAUCCCUCUCGAGAUGCGCUCAUCCAGAUCCUGCAGCAUCCCAGCUACAGCGUACAAGUGCAUGCAUCGUCUUGUCUACGAUCCUUCGUCCUUGCGUGCCCACUCCAGCUUCUGCCGUCGGUCACGAUAUGCAUGAACAGCGUGAAUCGAGAGCUUGGUUUGCUUGGGACUGGACGACAAUCACCCAGGAAGUGCGUAGGUCUUGCGAACGGGCUCUCUGCAGUAUUGAGCACCUCGACGUCCCAACCGUUACAUGGUUCUGUGGAUGUGAACUCGCGAGUCUUAUCACAGGCCACCACGUUACUGAAGUCGGCUGGCAACUCAGAUGUGAGAGUCUCGGCAACUCAGGUCCAAGUUGCUUGGAUUCUGAUCGGAGGGCUAAUGACUCUUGGACCAAACUUCGUCAAGAUCCACUUAUCGCAGUUGCUUCUACUCUGGAAGAACGCACUGCCAAAGCCGCUCAACAAGGACAACAUGGUCCAGAGGAACGUGUUCGAACUCAGCUAUUUGUCCCAUGUACGGGAGUGUGCUUUGGGUUCGAUCUCAACUUUCCUAGAAUUCAACAGCAGGCUUCUGACACUGGACGUUACGAAACGAUUAGCUGCGAUGCUCCAGAACACUACCAUGUUCCUGAACACACUACCAGCCAAGAAGACCACCGAUGACAUCUCGCAAAGAUUGUCGCCUGCGCUGCAGCUGCACGACUUCGAUCUCAUGGUCCGAAGGAGAGUGCUGCAGUGCUACACUAAGCUCGUAGAUCUCACACCGGCGAGUAGCAAUGAGGUCUUGCUGCAGACUAAUCUGCUCUCUUUCGCCGUUGCCAACUUUGCGGACCCUGACAACUACACCACCAGCUCUUUCAGUACAGCCAUCGCAAGUGCUGCAGGCUCAUUUGAGAGCAUUUGGGAAGUAGCUGAUAACCAUGGAUUUGGCGUCACUGGUCUCGUACGAGGCUUCGACAUUAAGUCUCUACCAGGAGAGCACGACAACAGUACUGGACAUCACUGGUUAGUGAGGCAUGGCCCCGAAGCUACCAUCGAUCGCACACUGCUCUCACCGAUUUGUGGCGCACGCGAACACGAUUCUAUAUCGUUAUAUAAUCCAUCUCAUGACUCUGCUGAGCUUCCAGAUCCUCCUGCCACAGAGGUUGUGAACUCAGCUCUGCAGCUUUUCGCGAUCUGUCUGCCUUUGCAAACACCAAAGGUUCAGGAGAGUAUUUUGGAGCAAAUGACAUCGUUCCUGUCAGCUGGCAGUCUUCAGCGUGACAUCAACAGAAGGACAGCCAUGAUGGUCAACAUUGCCUAUGGACUCUUGUCUGCACUCAAGGUAGCUGUGAAGGAGACGCGCUCUGCUUCUGGUAGUUUGAAAGGAGCAGCAGUCGAGAAGGUCAUGCAAGAGCUUCUACAUAUCUUCGUGAUUCUACCUGAUCCAUUUGUCCGCAGACUGGCUGGUGAGGCCCUAGGCCGACUUUGCAGCAGCUCAGGGAAUGCUCUGACCGGCAGCGAGGUCAACUACCUAGUUGAUCAAAUCGUUGCGAACCGUGAGCCAUUCGCUCGUUCGGGUUAUGCAUACGCAUUGGGCUGCAUCCUGUCGCAACUCGGGGGCAUGGCUGCCAGCUAUCACUUGAAGAACAUCCUGGGGAUACUAAUGUCUCUGGGCAACGAUCCUCAUCCCAUUGUACACUUCUCGGCUAUUGACAGUCUUUCCCGGGUGGCAGAUUCAGCUGGCUUGUCGUUCUCAAGUCACGUCACCGGCACCCUUGGCAUGCUAGCACAAUUGUAUGCUGCAGACUCACACAAUGAAGAGGCUGCAUCGCUAGCCUCAUCAAACAUCGAGAUCGACCUGCCAACCCCGGCCACCGUCGCACGAUGCAUAGACAGCACUAUUAAUGUUCUCGGACCUGAUCUGCAAGAGAUGGCAAAAGCACGAGACAUGAUCAUGACACUGAUCGAUCUUUUCGAGAAGGAACCUGACGAGUUGGUGCGGAUUGAGGCUCUUCGUUGUCAGGAGCACGUAUCGUUGUACGCCCCAGGCCAAAUGCGGUUCACAGACUACGUGAAGCACUUGCAGGCGUCGCUGGACAGCCCCUCUACACAAAUCCGCGAUAUGGCGGCUGAUGGGCUGCAUAACCUCAUGAGACGAAACACCGAAGAGAUCAUCCGUGCGGGCGAUCCUGGAUUGGAAGAUGCUCUUUGGCACGUACUUGACAGACAGCCUGAUCACAAGGUUGUUCGAAACAUCCUGCGCAACUGGCUUCACCAGACCGGACUCACUGACACUGCGGCAUGGGUACAGCGCUGCCACUCAGUGCUCACGAAGACCAAGAAAGUGGAGACACAAGAAGUAAUUGAGAUCAAACCAACAGCUGGCGCAACGGACCUGCAGGACGAAGAGGUUGCUGGAUUCGCUGCCGCCGCGAAUGCACCUGGCGCUGAGGUUGGCCAGGCUGGGCAGACAAGUCAAGAACUGCUCAAGUGGCAGGUCCGAACCAUCGGUAUGGAUCUUUUGAGCGAACUGGUGGCUAUGGUGAGCAAGGAAGCUACUUUCCGAGAGGAGUCCCCAUGCGUUCUGGCCCUGCAGCACAGGGUUGCUGAUGUCGUGCGCAUUGCCUUCUCUGCAUCGACUGCAGGCGUCGUUCAGCUUCGUAUCCGUGGUCUGAAGAUCAUCGAUCAAGUCCUUAAGCUAUUCGGCAAGACUCCGGAUCCCGACUUCGCAGAGGCUACCUUGCUUGAGCAGUACCAAGCGCAAAUUGGUUCAGCACUUACCCCAGCGUUCGCGGCAGACUCAUCGCCCGAGCUUGCAGCAGAGGCUAUCAAUGUGUGCGCAACAUUCAUUGCCACGGGUAUUGUUACGGAUGUAGAUCGUAUGGGUCGUAUCCUCAAGCUUCUGAUAUCGGCGCUUGAGAAUUUCUCAAGCGAAACUGAAGCUGCCGCAAUUGGUGACUUGCGAGGUCUGAGUUCCAAUGCCGCAGUCAUGGUGAAGAUGUCUGUGUUCUCGGCAUGGGCAGAGCUCCAGAUUGCAAGCGCUGAGCAGACAUACUUGGUUGACGUCCUGAGACCACACAUCGCAAAACUUACACCGUUGUGGCUUGCAUCAUUACGUGAGUACGCUCGUCUGAGGUUUGAGCCUGACAUCUCGUCCUCCAUGGGCUCGGCUUCCCUAUCUGGCAGUCUCGACACCAUAUAUGCUGCACUGAACCGCGAGACACUGAUGAAGUUCUACCAAGAAUCUUGGCUCAACCUUGUCGAUGCCAUUGCCAGCUUGAUUGACGAAGACAGCGAGUUCGUUUUCGAUGCCCUCGACGGCAAGACGGAGUUCUCUGAGCUGCAAACACCUACCAAAGCAGACCAUAUCAACUAUCGAGAUGAGCCUGUGGCCUUCUUCUUCGUCCUGUUCGGUCUCGCAUUCGAGGCUUUAGCGGGACGCCCAGGUGACCUCCAGGCUUCGAAGGAGCAGAUCCUGGAGAUACUGCAAGCCCUCAAGAAGAUCUUACGUCCAUCAGUGUCUGGUCAAGCCAUCUACCAGGAGGUCAUCUUCUCGGAGACGAUGGACAUGUUGGACCGUCUGGUGCUGACGGAGGGUCUGACCGUGCAAACAGUAAUCGUAGAGAUCGCCAGGAACCUGUGUCUUGGACACCCAUCCGCCCGGAGGGAUCAAGGAGCACCUGGGGAUGAUCACCUGUCAGAAGACAUCGAUCAGCUGUUUGAACUGACGAAGAUCAUGGUAUUGGUGCUCUCUGGGUUGGUACCUGGUCUAGAAGACAGCAGCUCUAAAGCUCGACAUGAGCUGAACGAAGAAGCCGUCGCCCUUCUAACCACCGCGUUGUCUGCAUUAGUCGAUGCUGCUCAGGUCUUCCCUGCAAUCAUCAAAGCCGAUCUGCAUGCUUGCAUAUUACAUAUCUUUGCCACCAUCUUUGGCACCGGAGCUUGCCAGGCGACAGUCGUGCCGCAAUCGCUUCCCAUCUUCAAGCGCUUCGUCACCAGCCUAACCCGCGAUGCCGAAGCCACCGACGACACCAGCAAGCAACUACGCGCGACAUUAACGCGCUUCCUGACCAUCAUGAGGCACGCACAACAGCGAGAGUUCGAUGCCGCACUUGCCUGCGAGAAGAACAUCAUCUUAGCAACCACAAUCCUCGUUAGCUCUGCAGCAUCAGCCUUCGCGCCCAGCGACCCACUCAUCAAGCUGUUCAUCGACAAUCUCUUCGACUGCCUCGGUACCGUCACAACCUCCAAGGUUGCUGUCGGCUGCUGUCGGUCGCUCCUCCUUCUCCCCAAGAAGGGCGCCGUCGAAAGUAGCAUCGCAGCCCUCAUCCUCCCCCAGAUUCUUUCCUUCCUCGCCAACCCCUCUGGUGUCGAAGGCCUCGAGGAGUCGCGCUCGUUGCUCGCACAGACCCUCGUUACCUCCAUCUCUACACUACCGAAGCCGGAGCAGAGGCAGCUUGCAGUCAAGAUCAUCAUCCCGGCACUUCUUGCGAGAGUGCAGAACGAUGCGAAGACUAGUCAGGAGACGGCAGGUAGGCUGCUGGAGAUCGCGCAAGCGGACCAGGAAGCUUUUAGGGGGGUCGUUGCGGGGCUGAAUGCGGAGCAAAGAGAUUUCUUGCAAGGUGUGUUGAAGAGUGGGCAAGGGCCGAAGAAGGAGGUUCGCAGAGAGGAAGAGGGCGAGCCGACGAUUGCGUUGAAGAUGAACUUUGGUUCUUGAGAUCGGGGUGAGAGAUCGGUCAGGUGUUGAAGAUAGAGG